AACGCCAGACCCGCCACACAGACACAGAUUAGAGGGUUCGCCGGUUCGAAAUGGUUCCAAGCCACAACGAGCGUGCGUUGCUUGAGGCCGUAAGAAGACAGCCCGUCUCGGUGUUGAUAGACGCAAGGGCGGACAGUUUCAAAAAUUACAAAGGGGGAGUGUACGCUGGGCUGGACUGUGGGACAGACGUGAAUCAUGCAGUGACGUUCGUUGGGUACGGAACGAUGAGUGGGCUCAACUACUGGGUACUUAAAAACUCUUGGGGUGAGAGUUGGGGAGAAAAUGGUUACAUGAGGAUCCGUAGAGAUGUGGAGUGGCCUCAAGGAAUGUGUGGUAUAGCUCAGGUUGCUGCUUAUCCGAUUCCUUAACUAGUGAUCGUUUACAUGCGGUCACAUUGCAACUUAAGCUUGACCUUAAAAACUGUAAUAUGGUCAUUUUAUUACUCCAUAUAAUGUAUUCCCUCCCUUUCAUAAUAAAUAAAUGUGUUUAUC